AUCUCAAUCUCUCACCAAAUGUCGCUCAGAUGCAAUGACAAGGAGAUUGGGAUUUUCGCAAUGUCCGCUGCACAUCCGGUCGACCACAGCGGCUUCUUGCAAAAGAAGGGCGAGUACGGAUCUGCGUUGCGGCAGCGCUGGUUUGUGCUCAAGGGCAACAUGCUCUUCUACUACAAGAGCAAGACAGACCGUGAUCCGAUCGGCUUCAUCUUCCUCGAGGGCUGCGCAUUCCGGUCGAUCGAGGACGCCACUGGGCCUUGGUGCUUUACCAUUGAAUGGGACGGGCUCGCGACCCGAACCUACCUGCUCUACGCCUGCGACGCUGAUGAUCGGAAGAGAUGGCUUGCAGUGCUCGGCAAGUCGAGCAUGCAGCACCUGCGGCAGGGUCUAGCUCGCCUCCAGCAGCAGAAUCUCCAGUUGCUGCAACAAUUUCAACAACACCUGGGAACAGGCACUACGUCGCCGUUUGCCCAGCCGACAGCGUCGCAACCGCAGCACUUCAACCAAGCACCCACUACACCAGAUGCGACACGAAGUCGGCAAGGGUCGGUCGCGGUAGAUCCCAUUUUUGACGACGCGAGGAUUGCCAAGGCGGCAGCGCAGCCGCCUGCACGACCUCCACCCCCAACAUCUCCCGCCGUGGCCAGUGCUGUCUCGGCAGCGCUAGUUGCGUCAGACUCCUCUGCCAACAAGCGCUCUUCCGGCGAAAUCAGCCUGACGGGGUUUGUGCCCAAAAAGUCGGGCUUCUCUGACUUGCACGCACAGCUCAGCUCAAGCUCCACCUCGCUCUCGGGGAAGUCGACCCGACCUGCUAGCAAUGAACCACUGUCUGAGGAGUCGACGAGCUCAGAGCCUGAGCAGCCGGUGCCACUCUCUCCGACAUCGAUCUCCCCUUCGGCUCCGACGAGCGCUGCUGCCUCGGCCGAGUUUGUCAUGAAGCACGACGCGACACCGGUGGUUGACUCGCUUCGACGCCAAGCGUCGGCCGGCAGCUCCACCCCGCCUGCGUCUGCCGCGACUGUUAAAGCCACUCAACGACAAACGUUUUCCGUUGGACCAGCAGGCGUCAUCCCUGGCCUCCCCAACGGGGGUUUCAGCCGAACCGACUCCACCCCAUCGACAGCGCCAGCCCUAGCCACUGCUGCCAGUGUUCCAACGAGCCAACCACUUGCUGCCGGGAUUGAACUCAAUCUGAGCUGUCUGGGCCUCAACGUCCAAGACAAGCAGCGCAACUCGUUUGUGCAGAUUGUUGUUGUUCUUCGAGCUGACUCUGGACCAGUGGAGCGAUGCCGCACCGAGUUAGUUUCUAGCAACCUUGCAAGUCCCCAAUUCCAAGCAAUGGCCGUUUUCUCGGGAAGCGAGCUGGAGGAGUUUGCAGACAUUGUGGUGCAGUUUGACUUGGUGCAGGUCGAAGGAAAGACUGGCGUGCUGCUUGGCAUGACUUCCAUCUCUUUUGCCCAGUUGACUCGCGCCGUCGAUGGCGUUUUCGACCUCAUUUUGACGCAUCCAGGCACCCGCGAUGUUCGCGGGACGCUUCGAAUUGUCAGCACCAUUCCAACGCGCCACGUGCAAAAGAACGAGCUGACCCGACGCCCAGAGCAGAGCAAGCGACCGCCAUCCGCCCCAACCUCUGCGCCAACCCUGGGCAAGAAAGACGUGUUUGCCACAGCUCAGCAGCAGUAUGCAGAAAUGGCGCUGGCCCUCGUCUCACCCCCGCAGUCCAUCUCGCAGCAGUACCAUUUCGAGUUUAGCUUUAAAAAGGCCGAAGGUGGAACCGACACUCGAAAGCUUGACGUGCUGGAGGAGAUGUUUGAGUCGCACUUUACCUAUUCCGUUCCCGUGCAGUACCUGCGACUGCUCAUUGACGAACACCAACGGCGCGUGCAUGAUUUGGAGGGCAUCGGCCGGCUUCCCUUCGAGGCCUGGGAGACUGCGCGUCUAACGCAGCUUGAGCAACGCGCCGCCCUGCUCAACUUUUGCCGCGAGCAGCUGACUCUCUUGGAGACGUUCCACGGCCCUCGCUUCAAGUCCAGCCGACUCAAGCGCGAGCCUCAGCUGCAAUUUGUUCCGACCAAUUGCCACAUCCAGCGAAUGAGUGUUGUGGAUGACCGAAAACUGCAGAGGCGCUACGAAACAGUCACGUUUGGCGCGCCCUCAGCUCAGGCAAUCGGUUUCAAGCGCGGCGGUCUGAAACGCUUGCUGCAACAACGCGACGAUGCUGCGGUCGUUGCCGGCUCAGGUGCACCCUCGGCCACAGCUACGACCGCUCCUGCUCUCUCAGGGGGUCUUGCGGGCGUUGCGAACGGACUCUUGCCGCCGCCCCUGCCUGUCGGUGAUUCCACGCCCACGGCUUUCCUCGCUACCGCCAAGCAACUGCUCAAUAAUGUCGAUAUGAUUGAGCGCGACAUUGACAGUCUUCGAGCAAAAUUGACCCACGCUGGUUACACGCCGGCCACUCUGGAGCAGCGCGCGCGUUUGCUCCAAGCGGCUCUUGCUCCGCUCACUGAGCGCGUGUUUCAUCUCAUCAGCAUGCUCGAGGCGCCCGGAGUCGAGUACUGCCACCAGGCUGCUCGGCUGCUCGACGAGCGCGCCGCCACCCAAACCCACCAGCGGAACGCGUCCAACCCGGAUGCGUUAGUGGAGACUGGCGGCCACAACAACCCUCGGUCCACCACCGCUGGGGCAUUGGACUCUGGCGCGGAUGCGCGCUCACGCUCCGUGUCUGUGCUCAACUCUGGGGCAAGCGUUGCUGUAUCCACAGCGCACGCCACAUCUGCCAGCCCCGACUCGACGAGUGCUGCACACCCGCGCACAGUGUCGGUCAGCUCGGCGUCGCAGCGGGCUUCGGAUCACAUUUUGGCAGCCCUUGAUCAGUCUGCGGCCGCCUCGAACGCGCAUCCAGCCGGGAAACAAUCGCCAGGACCUGGCGUCGACUGGGUUUCGGUGGAGCACCAUUUCACGCGCGAAACCGUGCCAGCCAUGCCGGCCAUCUUUUCGUCCGUGUUGGAUGAUGGAACCGAGACCAAGCUGCAAGAGCAGCUGCGCGCAGUCAACCACGCAUGCAAGGAUUUGAUGAUGGGCGACAGUUCUGUCGACACGAGUUUGCUCGAUCGCACGUCCGAUGAGCUGUGCGAGCUCAUGUCCAACGUGAGCAAGGGUGUGCGGGCCUGUCUGCUGGUGGUCAUGUCCCAAAUUGAAUCGCGCAUGCUCAACUUUAUGGAGCUCGUCCAACGCCGCGACGUUGUGUUUUCGCAGGCGCUCGCGAGCGCUGUCACUGGGUUUGUCUCGAUCCUUUCAACCCAUGGCGCCAAUCCCGUGUUUUUGGAGCAGCUCGAGCAGUUGGGGCUGCUCAUGCAGUUCGAGUCGCUGCUCAGCACUUCGGGCAAUGAGAUGGGCAUGCUGGAAGACAUGGUGGUGGGUGUUCAGGACUUGGCGCACAUUUCGUUCGUGCUGCAUUCUCCCACCUCUCCCGCUGCAUUGCUGCAUCAGCAAGGAAUUGGCGCAGUUGGCCAGCCGCAGCCAGCCAGUGUCGCUCUGCCAGUACCCACCGCGGUGGAGGACGAAGCCUGGACCGUCUGGCUGAGUGGCGAGCGCCGCGAGGUGACCGUCCACGUUCGAGUGAGCGAGUCCGUCUUCUCUCGACUGCCGCAAACGUUGCAGGAAGGUCGCCCCGUGCGAUUGGAGCCCAUCCUUUUCAGUCAGGGCGUGAAUGAAGCGCAAACACUGGCCAACACGGUGGGAGACGCUUCUCUGCAGCAUGGCAUCAACGACGACAACUUUCGCAGCCUUGAAAACUAUCUACAGCGCUACAUUGCAUUCCGAGUGGGCCAACACGCUCGUAGCACAUCCGCAAGCGCGACGGCUGAUGUUUCAACACUCGCGACUCUCGAUCACGACGUGAACGAAGAGCUAAAGCUGAUUGAUUCCAUUCGCGUUCAGCUCGCCGGAGCCAUGCAGCUGUCCAAGGGCAAGAACAUUGAGAUUCUAGUGCUUAGCGAACGGCUGGUGCGUCGCCUCAACGGCGUUCGACUCACGUCCUGCAAGAGCGCCAAGGAUCGCACGAGCAUGUCCGUGACUCUCGAGCAAUACACUCUCCUGCACGACGACUACGGCCUGAUUCCGAGCAGUCAGCAGCAAGUUCUCGAUGUGAUGCGAGGCCGAGGCACGCGCAUCAAAAACGCCGAAAAGAACAUUGGCGAGCAGCGGUAUGCAUUCAACCGCAUUCAACUUUUGACACUUCCCAAGCUUUACCGACCGCCAGACAACACUGCUGGUGCUGCCAUGUCAUAAAGUUGGGGUCUAGAGUUGUUUGGGACUUGUAGUUUUCGUUGCGACCUGCGUCACUUUAUUUUGUAAUAUUACACGAA